UAUGUGAUUCAUUUCCUAUAUAAAUGGAUAGAAUCACCACUGGAAAAUCAUCAUUCGAUUCAAUCCCUUUUGGAAAAACAUCGAUACAACAAAUCCACCAAAAUGAAAUUCGCUUUGUUCGUCGUUGCAAGCUUGAUUGCUACCGUUUAUGGCCAAUCACAUCAAUACUACCAUACUAGCGGUUUGCGAAACUUGGGUGGUUCAUAUUACCGAAGUGCCGGUAUCUCUGGUGUAGCUGGUCUUGGUGGCCUCGCUUAUGGUACUGGUCUAGGUUAUGGAACUCGUUAUGGCUAUGGAUCUGGUCUUGGUUAUGGUUUGGGCUAUGGUUUGGGUUAUGGUCAAGCUGUCGCUUUGGCACCAGCACAAGCUGUAGGAUAUGUUGCAGCAGCUCCCGCAGUCGCUGUCCAAGCUCCAGCUGUUUCGUAUGCCGCAGCAGCUCCCGCAGUACAAACCGUCGCUGUCCAAGCACCAGCUGUUUCGUAUGCCGCAGCUCCCGCAGUCGCUGUCCAAGCCCAUACCGCCCAAGUCAGUGGUCCAAUUCAUGCUGCCAUUGAAUCCCGACGAACCGUUGAAGUUAUCGAUGGACCAUCCACUGGGGACGCUCCAGUAGCUAGCACCGUUGUCAUUGGACCAAAUGUUCAACCAAUCAAUUUGGAAUUCCAAACUCAAGCCUCACCAUUGGCCGCAACCCAAAACCACGUUCCAACAGCCCCAGCUGAACCACAACAAUCUUCAUACGAAGAACAACCAGAUCUCUUGCGACAAGACAUCGUAAAACCAGUUGUCCAAGAUGUCCACGAAACCAUUGUCCCAUUCCGACGAAUCACCCAAGAAUUGAAACCAGUUCAAGAAUCAGUUCACCAAAUCUUGCCACGAGGCCAAGAACGAGGUUUUUACCAACAACAACAACAAGUUCGAGUCGCACAACAUGUUGCCGCACCAGCCGCUGUUGCCGUUCAACCAGUUGUACAGGCCGCACCUGCUAUUAGCGCCGUUCGAGUAGCCGCUGCUCCCGCAGUAGCUUAUGCUGCUCCAGCUGUUUCCACUGUUUCCGCUGCACCAGCUGCCAUUGGUGUCAUUGGUGUUCAACCAGCUGCUGGUUACAUCGGUUAUGGUGCAGGUUAUGGAACAGGUUAUGGAACAGGUUAUGGUGUUGCUAAAUACGGAACCGGAUAUGGUCUCACUAGCGGUUUGAUUGGUGGUGGCUCAUAUGGAUCAUCAUAUUCAGUACAACCAGCCAGCUACGGAACUGGUUAUGGUUACACUACCUAUAGCAGUGAUGCCUACCCAAUCCGAAAAAAAUAAACUAGUUUUACCAUUUUCCUUUUGAUCCCUUUCCUUACGAUAACAUCAUCAUACAAUCUGCCUAUCUACUUGUCUGAAGACUUGACGAGAAAGUUUUACAUCAAUGAUUAAUGAAAUAUAUCGGAGUUGUAUUGUGAAAGAGAUAUGUGAA